AUGAAUAUGUAUUUCGACUCUGGUAUUUUGAAAACAUUACUUUACGGCCCAGGUCUCACUAUAACGCCUAUAAAACAAGAACCCAUGGAUAAUUUUCCACAGAUGAACGAUAGUAAUUUGAAUAAUUUCAAUGGUUUCAAUGAAACUUUGAAUUUUCCUAAUCCUCUUGAUUUACCACAAGAUCUAAGUCGGCCAGAAGGACCAAACCUACCCAACGAUAAUAAGAUUUCGAACGAAAAUAUUUUGAAUUGCUUGAAAAAGAAACAGAAGAGAAAAUCGAAAGCUGUAGAUAAACUUCAACCUCCUCCUUUAGACGAACCAGUUCACUGCGAUAUAUGCGAUGUCACUUACAAAAAUAACGUCGAGUUUGCUCUUCAUACCGACAAACAUAACGAAGACGGAAAAUUUGCUUGCCAUCUCUGCGAGUUUAAGAAUUCUUCAAAGUACCAUAUAGAAAUGCACAUACGGGCACACGAAGGUACGACGAAAUAUAAAUGCGAAGUUUGUGACAAAGCCUUUACCGUCAGCACCCACGCCAUAGAACACAAAUACUACCAUACCGGCGAAAAACCUUUCGAAUGCGAUAUAUGCGGGAAGCAUUUUAUGUUUUCAUGGUUUUUAACAUCACAUAGACGUACUCAACAUUGGGAAGUAGUUACAGGUAGCCCUCUAGUUAAAUACGAUUGUACUCUCUGUAAUAAACAUUAUACAUCUUCAACUGGUUUAAAAAGGCAUAAUCUCAGUAAACAUAAUUCCGGCAUAGAUCCUUCAGUACUUUGCGAUAUAUGUGGAAAAAGGCUCUCCAGUAAGGAGAAGCUCAAAUUUCAUAGAAGAACUCAUACUGGUUAUAAACCUUUUUCUUGUGAAAUUUGUACUAAGAGUUUUUCUCGGAAGGAACAGCUUAAAGAACACGAGAGGGUACAUACUGGAGAGAAACCUUAUAAAUGCCAGUAUUGCGGUAAAGGUUUCACCCAAAGGUCUCCAUUGAGAAUUCACGAAAGAACUCAUACGGGAGAAAGACCUUACGUAUGUAAAAUAUGUAAUAAAGGCUUCAUUUCUAAAGGAGUAAUGGAUACACAUAUGAAAACGUGUGCAGGAGCAAAUGUAGAUUAUUAA